GCGGAAAAUCUGGGAGCACAAAAGAUCAAUGAAUAGGAUCUAGUGGGAGGUUUUGGUUUGAGAUGUAUAAAUGAAGAAAGGCGGCAGGCAGGCAGAGCCGCAGAAGAUAUAGAGGGAGAGGGAGAGGGAGAGAGAGAUGGGUGUCAGCAAUGUGAAGCAAUGGAGCAGAAUAGUGAAUGAAGCGUUGGACAGAGCCUUCUUCACAGCCAAGUUCCUCUGCCUCCUUCACGUCUCCAAUACCUACCUCUGCACUGUGGCUCUUGCCCACGGCCCCAGCAUGCUCCCCACCCUGAAUCUCUCUGGGGAUCUCAUCUUGGCCGACCGUCUCUCCGUUCGUUUCGGCAAAGUGGGUCCCGGCGAUAUCGUCCUCGUUCGAUCUCCUCAGAACCCUAGGAAGAUUAUCACGAAGCGUGUGGUGGGCAUGGGAGGGGAUCGCGUUACUUUCUCUGUGGAUCCCAAGGACAGUCGCAGAUGUGAGACUGUUGUUGUUCCAGAGGGGCAUGUUUGGAUUGCGGGAGAUAACAUAUACGCUUCCACUGAUUCAAGGAAUUUUGGUGCUGUUCCUUAUGGUCUGCUUCAAGGCAAAGUGUUCUGGAGGAACAGGUCUCAUUUGAAGCAAAAAAUUGGAGCAAAAAGAAGUUUCAAGAGGGUAAUCUGCUUUGCUGGUCCUCUAGUUCAGGGAAGUAGAAAGUUUUUUGAGUUAAUGGUAGAAAACUUGCAGGGAGGCUGGUUUGGUUCUCCUUCAAUGCAUUAUUGAUUAAAGUUGAGAUGCAACAUUGAUAAGAAGGCUUCUUUUUUUUUUUUACUUUUUUUUUAUUUGUAUUUUUUAUUAUUCCUUUAUGUCUCUCAUUUUUGUGGUUGUAAUUUACUAGUUGCAGCCUUCUGCAUAAAUUGAAUAAACUUUACUUAAAUACUCAUGGUGCCCAGUUCACUUA